CGCCGCCCGCCCCGCCGCCCCCGGAGCCGCCGCCAGUUCCAGGAAGAACUUCAUCCAACUCCUCCUGAGACUUCUUAAGGUGCUGAGUCCUGCUCUGAGGCCAGGAUGCUCUCCAAGCUCGCACGUCUGCCCUCGGCGGCUCUGCUACGCCGUGGGAUCCACUCUUCCGUGACCAAUGCCACGUCUGUCGCCACGAAGAAGAAAGACCAAAGCCCCCCGCCCUCUGACUACAUCUUUGAACGGGAAGCCAAGUACGGGGCCCACAACUACCACCCUCUGCCCGUGGCGCUGGAGAAAGGAAAAGGCAUUUACGUCUGGGAUGUCGAAGGGAGAAAAUAUUUUGACUUCCUGAGUGCCUACAGUGCCGUCAACCAGGGGCACUGCCACCCCAAGAUCGUCAGCGCCCUGAAAAGCCAGGCGGAGAAGCUGACCCUGACGUCCAGGGCCUUCUACAACAACGUGCUGGGCGAGUAUGAGGAGUAUGUCACCAAGCUCUUCAACUACCACAAGGUCCUGCCCAUGAACACAGGGGUGGAGGCCGGCGAGACGGCUUGCAAGCUUGCACGGCGCUGGGGCUACACCGUCAAGGGCAUCCCCAAGUACAAGGCCAAGAUCGUGUUUGCAGCCGGCAACUUCUGGGGCAGAACGAUGUCGGCCAUCUCCAGCUCCACAGACCCAUCCAGUUACGAAGGGUUCGGCCCAUUCAUGCCAGGGUUCGAGCUCAUACCCUAUAACGACCUGCCCGCUCUCGAGCGCGCCCUCCAGGACCCCAACGUGGCCGCGUUCAUGGUGGAGCCCAUCCAGGGCGAGGCGGGCGUCGUCGUCCCGGACCCGGGCUACCUGAUGGGCGUCCGUGAGCUCUGCACCCGGCACCAGGUCCUGUUCAUUGCCGAUGAGGUACAGACGGGACUGGCCAGGACGGGCCGGUGGCUGGCCGUGGACCAUGAGAACGUCAGGCCCGACAUGGUCCUCCUGGGAAAGGCGCUCUCGGGAGGCUUGUACCCUGUGUCUGCGGUGCUGUGUGACGAUGACAUCAUGUUGACCAUCAAGCCGGGCGAGCACGGGUCCACGUACGGCGGCAACCCGCUCGGCUGCCGGGUGGCCAUCGCCUCCCUCGAGGUGCUGGAAGAAGAGAACCUGGCGGAGAAUGCGGAGAACAUGGGCGCCAUCCUGCGGAAGGAGCUCAUGAAGCUGCCGUCGGACAUCGUGACGGCCGUGCGUGGGAAGGGGCUGCUCAACGCCAUCGUCAUCCGCGAGACCAAAGACUACGACGCCUGGAAGGUGUGUCUGCGCCUCCGGGAUAACGGCCUCCUGGCCAAGCCCACCCAUGGCGACAUCAUCCGGCUGGCGCCCCCACUCGUGAUCAAGGAGGACGAGAUCCGGGAGUCGGUGGAGAUCAUCAACAAGACCAUCCUGUCCUUCUGAGCAGAGCCAGGCGCGGGGGCCCCUGGCGGCCAGCAGACCCGCCUUCCCGCCGGGCGCCCGCACCCACCCCCGUGGCCCCAAGGAUGUUCGGAAAAACCUGCAUUUUCAGUUCACGCCAAGUAGAACUUUCCCAAAGCUGUAGCGUGCUGUGAGGGGCCGGGAGGGGCCGGCCUGGCGGCUCCCCUCUGUUGCCUCAGUGGCCUUGGGGGCGCUGACCACCGAGCUCCCGCCCUGGCCGGCGGGGUGCGGCCCCUCUGAGUUCUGAGCUGAAAUGCACCCAUCCGUCUGUGGAUGGCCUUUCAGGCAAGACCUACAGUAUCAGUUCUGUGUUUUAUUUUUUUUUCCCACCUCCUUGCUGGUGUGUUUCGUAUUUGAAAGGCUAGAUGGGUCCGCCCGUAGGAGACUUGCUUUAACCUGGUAGAAGUGAAUCGGUCACUGAAUUUGGGGAAGAAUUCGCCGCUGAUCUUAAGUAGAAAUCGCUAGAUUUAAGUGAACUUUCUAUUGGCCAACAUGAUGUAUCCUGGUUGUCACUCUAUUAAGAUUACCUAAAAUUGGCAAAUGAUGUUGAAGAAUCCAAAGACAAUUUGUAAAAGUUCUAUUUUCCACGUUUCUUUAAAUUAAAGUUAAAAAAUAUUUAAAACUUAAAAUGAC